CGCUCAGUGGAAAGCCAACCAGGAGUCUCUCAAGAAGACAGGACAAUCAUGAUGUCGCCAGACGACCGAGCCCUCGAGGACUUGUUGUACGGCAGUGACCUUGGUGACGAGGCGGAGGAGGGGGAGCCGGGCGGCGUCCCGGAGGGGGCGCAGGAAAGUGCUGCUGCAGACAAUACUCUGACAGCAGUGUCCAUCCAGGAGCCAAUGAUGUGUGCCGGCUGUGGCGAGCAGGUCUGCGAUCGCUUCUUCCUAUUGGCUGCAGGCAGGGUGUGGCACGGCGCCUGCCUGCGCUGCAGCCAAUGUCACUGCGAGCUGCAGACACACCCCUCACUGUUCUGGAGAGACGGAAACAUCUACUGCCAGCAGGACUACUGCAGGAUGUUUGGAGGCGGUCAGUGCGCUCGCUGCUUCCAGCCAAUCCCAGCUUCCGCCUUUGUCAUGAGGUCUGGUGACCUGACCUUCCAUCCUCACUGCUUCUCCUGCCAGGAGUGUGAUGUGAAAUUACAACCGGGGAACUUGUACUGCAUGCAGGGCCAGAACCUCUACUGUCAGUCACAUUACCAUGAUGACGGGAGUGCCCCGCUAUCACACGAUACAGCUCAAAAUCAGGUUUCAGGUGAGGGGGAGGAGUCUGUGAGCAGUCCAGAGCCGCGAUUGGAUGACGGGGUGACAGGCGGGCGGACCCGCAGGCGGAGCAAGCGAAUCAGGACAUGUUUCCGCAGCGAGCAGCUCAGAGCGCUGGAGUCCUAUUUCGCCCAGAAGCACAACCCUGACGGCAAAGACUGGACCUGCCUCACACAUAAGACCGGGCUGCCCAAGAGAGUCCUGCAGGUGUGGUUUCAAAAUGCUCGGGCCAAACUGAGACGUUCCCUCACCUCAGACGACUCUCAGGUCAACUCGCCCUCCGCUCCCACCAGAGGCUUAACCAUGGCAACCAGCUCCCCGCCGCCGGCCCGCUCCCCACACGACCAAUCCCAGCCCUUCUCCACCAGCACCAUCGACCAUCUGCAGCUCUCCCUGCUCACCGCCCCGCUCAGCGACCCGCCGUUGAGUCCAGCAAUCAACCAGUCACAUCAGCUGCAAAACCCGGCCUUCUUCCUGGACUACGAUUCCCAGAGUGCACCAGGGUGUAUCUCCUCUCUGGAGGCCUACGAGGACUUUGGAGAGGCAGGAGGAGGAGCGGAGGGAGAAGUUGAUCCUGAUAGUUGUUUUGGUUCACAUUACUGCUAGUCGAGGGUCGUUACGUCCAUCCUUAAAGAGGUGUUAUUAUGCU